CGCGAUGCGGCUGUGGAUUCCUUUGGCCGCUUUUAAUCAAACGUUAUUCUCGACAUGCCACGAGCAGACGCCUGCUUGCUUUCACAUUCACAGCAAAUACCACAGCUUUGAGUACCACAUCAUCUUCCGAAUCUGUAUACCCCUCCAACGACAGGACACCAGCAAAGCAAACAUUUCAAUACCCAACUUAGGCCACCGGCGCAAUGGCAAGCCUGAGUAAGACUACAACUACUAGAAAGCCAAAGAGAGUAGAAGUAAACCAGCGUGCGUUGGUCGAUAAAGUGCUCGCUCGAUAUCCCGAGGAGUUUACAGUGUUCCGAGAAUUAUUACAGAAUGCUGACGACGCUAGAGCCAAGAAGGUCCUAAUAGAGUUUCAAACGAAGGACUAUGCUACACAUUCUGCGGGAGCAAACGGCAAGACAAAUGGAAUCAAUGGCAAGACCGAUAUGCCGGACCUGCUCACAACGGAGUUGUUCAAAUGGGUUGUUCGCAACAAUGGUGAUUGUUUCGAAGAUAAGGACUGGGGACGAUUGACGAAGAUUGCGGAUGGCAACCCAGACGAACAGAAGAUUGGAGCAUUUGGCGUUGGGUUCUACAGUGUCUUCGGUAUUACCGACAGCCCGCUGGUCUUGUCUGGAGGCAAAAGUCUGUCGAUAUUCUUUCAGGGCGAUCAGCUAUAUACAUUGGAUGAUACUUGUUCCCAGAGCGAAUGGACUUCCAUCGAGAUGGUACUGAAAGAAGAUAUGCAAGGUCCCGUCCCGAAGCCAUUCGACUUAGCCCGGUUCUUGGCAGCUACCAUGACAUUCAUGUCUUGUGUGGAAAACGCCCAUGUUUCCUUUGACAACAAAGUCUUCAUGAAGAUCGCCAAGUCAAGACAAGUACCCAGCUCAAUUCGUGUUCCCAAAGAUAUGAUACCGAGGAGCAAAGAGGACACGAUGCAUAUCAAGGGACUUUCAGUAGCUACCCAAGAAAUCACUGUUGAAAUCACGGACUGGGCACGCGCUGCUGGAACGAAGAUAACAUCUACACAUCGCUCUGGCAAUGAAAAUCUAUCAAAGGAUCCUGUGAAACGCAAAAGUUUUUGGGAUGGCUCAAAGCGCGAAGCCCCCAAAGUCGCUAAAGUCACCAAAACUGUGUCUCGAGCAUCGACAUAUGACCAUCCACCCUGGUUAACCCAUAGUGCUAAAUAUGCGGUAUAUUCAGCUCAAGUUUCGACUAGUCCUAGCAAGGACCUUCAUAAAGGCCUAAGAGCGAUGACGAAGAAGGAUCCUCCUUCCCACUUCGAUUUUGAGAUGGUCUACUUCUCCAAAGAGGAGCAGGAUGCAAGAACAGCAGAGGAGAAACGUGAUCCGGACAUGGGAAGCAUAUUCAGGGGACCGCAAGGUCUAUUUCCCCAACUAGACGGGGAAUAUAUGUCCCGGAUCUUCAUUGGUCAAAGUACAGCGCAAACGACUGGUAUUAGUGGACAUAUGUCUGGCCGAUUUAUUCCCACUGUCGAACGAGGAUCCAUCGAUCUAACAAACGGCCAUAUCGCAAAAUGGAAUCAAGAACUCCUGUAUGUAGGUGGGUUCCUUGCGAGACUCGUAUAUGAACAGGAGAUUCGCAAGGUCCAGGGUUCUUGGCCUACAGUCAACGGUGUUGAUGUCCCGACUGCUGACGCUCAGGCGUCAGCUUCAAGAGAGAAGGCCUUGUAUGCUAUGCGCUACUUCACGUUCCAACCAUCCACUCCGGAUGCUAAAGUGUCAAGAAUCUUGCAAGAUGCAUUUUUCGACUGCUUCGACUAUUCCUCCAACGUUCAUUUCCCCAUCUUGACAAAUUCCGGUAUUCGUAACACCAAGGACGUUCGGGAGAUUCACGCCGACUUCUCCUCCUUCAUGAAAAUGGUGCCUACACAACUUCCGACGUCACCUGGUGACCCAGCUGGUUUAGUUGACUCUCUCCCUGAGAAGUAUGGUGUCCGGACGUACACGUUUUCGGACGUGGUGAAAGAACUACAGGGAAGGACCUUGCAGGAAGAUGAAAUGAUCGGUUGUCUGCGGUGGUGGGUUAACUUCAUAAGUUCGCUUGAAGCCGAUGAAGAGAGGGAAACAACCCUCACAUUCCUGCCGAAUCUGACGGACAAUGCCAAGUCGCGAAUUGGGAAUUCUACGCGUGUCAUAGAACUUCGCAAUAUCACCAAGUUUGUCGAUUCCACUGUUUGGCUCCCUUGGCUUCAGUCGGACGAUGCUCUUCCUCCAGACACCAUCCCGUUUUCGUUUACCAGGAAUCUUGAACGACGACACAUUUCUCCAUCUCUUUUGUGGGAGCCAAUGACAGUUGUGGACUGGCUGAGCCAUUUAAUAAGCCCUCAGAUAGACGCGGCUCAUGACAUCCGCAAAAGCUCCACGUAUUCUAACCGUGUCCUGGGGGUUCUGGGAAACAUCUGGCCUACGAUGUCCAGCGACAUGAAAUCGCAGGCAAAGGAUCUCAUGCAGGACGUCCCAUGGAUCGCAACGAAUUUGGGAUUCCGGCCCCCUGGUGGAGCGUAUUUCCCAGAAGCAGACGUCUUCCGUGAUUUGCCUGUUGUCUCUGUCAACCUGUUCGAUCCGCAGAUUCUCACUGUACUCGGCGAGUUCGGGGUCAAGCGACAUCUUAACUUUGAAGAGUUGUUUGCCAAGGCGGACAAAUUGAGCACGUGGUCGGCGAUGGAGAUGAUCAGAUAUCUUAGUACUGACCCAGAUGCCAUGGAGAGGGUAGAGGAUAUCAGGAAAUACGCUGUCUUCCCUUGCGAUAAAGGCAGGAAAUACUGCAUCACUGACUUGUACCUUCCACAUGGGGAGAUACGUCCGCUGGGCCUACCAAUUCUCAAUUGGUCACGCAGAAUCGAUAAAGAUUCCGAGGAUGAGCAACUUUUGACCGACAUGGGAUUCCUUCGACACCCGCCCUUGGAGAAGCUCAUUGAGAUUGCUGGAGACCCCGACCCUAAAGUUCAACGCGCUGCCUUUGGGUACCUUGAGAGCAAGUUCGACGAGCUCUAUGAUACGGAGUAUGAUCCUUCGAAAUACGACGAUAUGCCGUUUAUACCAGCUAUGCGAGACAGUCAUGAAUGUGUAGGCGCUUACGAGGAGGUUUAUUCUGAUCCAUCAUGGGCGUUAAUGGGGUUCCAGAAAGUCCAUCCUUCUGUUGACAGGAAGAUCAUCGGCCGACUGAGGAUGCGGGAAGCGCCAUCUGCAAGACAAGUGAUCGAGGUUUUCAAGACCAGUCCGCCCAAGGAUGUCAAUACAGCGAUAAAAUGGUUCGCCUUUCUCGCAACAAAGCAAGUCCUCUCUCCUGGAGAUCUUCAGCAAAUCGCCGAGAUUCCUAUCGUCCCCGUCGCAGAAGCCAUCUCGCAAGGUCAUUCGGAUUCCGAGUUUCGCCUGGUGCCACCUCGGGAGUGCUUCAUCGGUGGUAGCCAAUACGGAAAUGAGCAUCUUUACCGGCGACUGUUUACUUUUGUCGACUUCGGUGAACAAGCAAAUCGGUUUCUGAAAGCUUGUGGCGUCAAAGCCAAGCCAGAUUGUUCCGACAUCGUCCACAUUCUAAUAAAGAACCCUAAGGAGUUCCUCAGAAAAGCUGGUGCAGAAGCAGACCCUGAGAAAUACCUUGUCGAGCUUCGUGGAAUUGCAGUUGGGUAUGAGGGGCUUUCCGAAGAGGAUAAGAAAAGGAUGAAGAAUGCGCCAAUAUUCGUCGGCUAUCGCACCUCAAAGUCCUCCGAUCCAGAUCACGCUCCCAUCGUCAGGGACGAGUUCCAACUCGUUCCAGCGUCUAAGGUCCUGCUCGCUGACGACAUGGAAAACCGCCGGAUCUUUGGAGAGUUUGUCUGGUUGGCUCCGCAGGAUGAGCUGCUCGAAAAGCUCUACGAAUCAGUGGGAUCUGGGUAUUUGAGCGCCCACAUUAAAUACAACGUGAAACCAACCAACGAGCAACCUAAGUGGACUCGUUGCGAGGAAGUUCGAAAGGCGAUUGUGGAGAAGUUGCCCAUCUUUAUGCAUGAGUUUGAUGAGCAACGUCUCAAGCAGGGCGGCUCAAUGCACCGGAAGUGGGGUGAUAAAUCACUCUUUCUCGUGAAAGGAUGCAGAGAUCUCAAAGUGGAUAAGAGACUUGACUCUAAUUACCGCAUCUCUGCUGAACGUCAGAGAGAAAGCAAUGAAUUCUAUGUGUCCGCCGAGAUCACAGAAGAGAGCGGCCGUGUUGUGCUAUGGCUCAAGAAAACGGAACACCUUGACAUGUAUGACGUCGCUGUCGCACUUUGCCGACUGCUUUUCAAGACUCACAAGAAGCACGAUGUUCUCAGCUUGAUGACCAUAUUGGAGACGGACAAGGAAAUCUUGAGGAAACGAGGCUACGAUGUGGACAGGAUUGAACAAGCUCACGAAGCCGCUAAACUUGAGGACAAGAAAAAGGAAGAAGAGCGCGAAAGGGCAGCACGCAAUAAGCAGUUAGAGGAGUCCGGCGGAGGGCGGCAUGGUGGUGGUGGUGGUAUCCGCUUCCGGUCCAAAUUCCUUGACUUCUUCAGGUGGCAGUCGGGAGGAUCCAAGAGCCCCAGCAAAGUCAGCGUCGAAGAAAUUGACGACGCGGUCAAGGAAUUGAUGGACCAGUGUGCCAAGGGGCAGGCUACCCGAGAAGAACAGGAGAUCCGAAAUAGAGAACACAGUGGUGCAGACAGGAAGCGGAAAGACGUCAAGUACUGUACUGAGUUGAAGAGUACCACUCUGGAACUCGCCGAUGUGGGUGGCGCCGCUGGUUUUAUACCCGUUUGGCGACAAAUCACUGCACGUCAAGAAAUUCCAGGCGAAAUAACGGACUUUGCAAACAUAGUCCACGGACUCAACGCAGUAUUGAACCUGAGUAAUAAUGAACAUGGCGUAUUCAAUAUCUUCUGGCAUCCAGAGGAUCAUAAUUUAAUGGGAUUCAAUCGCAACCGGCUGAUUUUCUUGAACCUUGCACACUACACGAAACAGCUAGACUCUGGCAUGACGCCUGGUCAGGCAUACAUUCACUGGUACUAUAUCAUUGUGCACGAGAUAGCCCAUAACAAAACGCCUUUCCACGACGAAGAUCACGAGUUGUUGGUCUCGGCACUAAGCGCUCAUUUCCUGCCACGUCUGCACGACGUGGAAGAGGUCCGCGAGUAUUUCAAUUGCGCAACAGAGGUUUCGUAGCGGAUAUUUGGCUUGGUUGCCACAUAGGACUCUAGGGACAUUAGGUGUAUUUCUGAGUUGUGUUAUUCAUGUCGUCUUGCUUAUCUAUACCUAACAAAUCUAUACUUCAUAUGAAUUGUAUUCUGCGCCUUGCUAAUAAGACCAAGUACUUCAAGCCGGAAGAAUAGACCGUAGCCGAACAAUAAUCUCACUUCCCUUG